UAUGAUAAGACAAGCUUGCCCUAAAACAGGGGAGCGAUUAACUAACGCCAAAGCUUGAACUGUGCUGCCAUGUAAGAUGUGUACUGUGCACUGCAAUGCCCCAAAUUUGUAUUUAUGAAUAGUGCUACUCUUGUACAGCACCCCGGGAAAGCUGAAAGUAACCGCAGAUUUUGCUGAGCUGCCUGCCUCAGGUGCUUCGUGUUCCUGCUGUUGUUGUAUUCUCCCUACUUGCACUGCAGUCCAGAGUCCGCGAGCUCUGCAGAGUCGAUUCGCACUGUAUACUAUCAGGUAACGUGUCACGCAGUCCUGUCAACCUCUCAGUGCAACAAAUCUGGACAAAGCCUAAAGUAAUUGGGGUGCAAAAAUAGGGGCGAGGCUUAAAUAUUGGUCUUAUAAAUAGAGAAAGUUGCUAGGAAUAGCAGGAUUCCCGAAGGAUUGGAAAUCUGAAACUUAAAUGUAUGUCAUUAAGUAACUUCAGCCCUCCUCGAGUUCACAGAAAACUACAAAUUUUGUGAGGAAGAUACCAAAAAUAUGAAGCAAAAAUCUCUGCAUUUGCGAAAAUUUUGGACAGUUGAGAAGUAUGGGCGUAUGAUAUUAUCUUCUAACCCACUUUCACUGGGACAGGAACAGGAUGUUGCUUAAUUUACUAUUUUAGAAAGCGAUACAUUGUUUUGUUCUGACAAAACAGGAGUUACAUAGAGACUUCUGCACAUAGCUAACAUUUGACUGUUUAGAGCUUCAGUACUUGUGAUGUUUACUUUUCCAGCUGCCUAAAAAUUGUUUGUGUUCUUCACCCGGUUUGCCACCUGUCAGGAAUUGUUCGUGAUAGUCAGAAAUUCAGAGUUGUCAGGAAAUCAGGUUUUGGUCAAGUGACGUCUGCAGAGGUCCCCAUCCCAAGUUUAUUGAAGUUUAAUGGAGCCAAUCUGUUUGGUUGAGACCACGCCUUCUGGUGGUCUCAGAGUGAAUGACGCAGCUCUUGCUGUUUUGAAUAACAUCAGGGAAAAUGUGCAGGUUGUUUCAAUAUUUGGUCCCAAAGGAACUGGCAAGUCCUACUUAAUGAACAUGAUAGCAGAGACUCCAAAAGGGUUCUUGUUGUCCUUGCCUGGAGGUCCUUGCACUGAAGGGAUAUGGAUGUUGUGUUGCCCUCACCCAACUGUAAAUGGACGCUACCUGGUACUCCUUGACAUUGAGGGAUUUGAUCCAGAAAAGGGCGACUUCAGGAAAGAGACAAUGUUAUUUAUCCUUGCUAUUUUGCUAAGCAGUGUGUUUAUAUACAACACACAAGUGUCUGUAGUACCAGAAGAACUGGAGAAACUCAUCUAUAUUAGAGAGCUUCCAUGUCGUGUUCGAGCAGACCCUGAUGAGGAGCUGAAUAUGUCAUUGUUAUGCAGUCUUUUCCCACAGUUUAUCUGGUGUUCUCGGGACACCAUUCUAGACCUGAAAAUGGGAGAAGAGCUGCUGUCACCACAGAAUUACCUUGAAGAAAUUCUGCAAACAAAGAAAGGUGAUGGAGAUUCACCAGUAGAACUGAUAGAUAAACUUUUCCCUAACACUAGGCUUUUUGACCUAUGUGAACCAUGCCCGGGUAUUGAACCCUUCUGCCUUGAAUCAGUGCCUGAAGAAGAACUCGCCUUUCUCUUCAAAAACCAAUUACAAAAACUGAGGAAAUACAUUUUUAGUAGGGAAGCAAAAACGAUAACUGGUGGACGAAACAUUACUGGUCAAAUGUUGGCCUCAUUGGCAAAUUCUUACAUCAACUGCCUUGACACUGGAAAUGUCAUUUUAUUGAAUGAGGUAUUUGAAACUGUGACCUGCGAGGAGACCAUUUCUCAAGGUAUUAAAAGGAGUCGGUCAGCAACACAGCCAUUAUUUCCAGACUUACACUGGAGGCAUAAAAAGGAUCUGAAAGAGAUGAGUAUCCAGAGUUGCCAACCCCCAGAAGACAGCAUACCAAUUGACAAAGGUGUAGCUACUGCCAAGGAUGAGCCUGGGACCUCAUAUAGAUCACAGAAGUAUGAAAGUGAAGAAGAAAAAGCAAUCAAGUGUGCUUCACCUUCUUCUUACUUACAAAAGCUCGAAAGAGUUACUCCUGUCAAGCAGUCUCAGAACAUUCCAUCUUCCACACGAAUAAGAGUGAAUGAGCUCGAAAGAGUUACUCCUGUCAAGCAGUCUCAGAACAUUCCAUCUUCCACACGAAUAAGAGUGAAUGAGUUCAGAGUAUCUGAAUCAUCUGACCCUAUCCACAUGGAAGAGCCAAUCUGCCUGAUUACAAACAGUGCCUCUGGAGAGCUGCAGGUGAAUCAGGAAGCCAUGAACAUCCUCAGUGGGAUGCAACAUCCUGUGGUGGUAGUUGCCAUCGCUGGACUGUACCGCACUGGGAAGUCUUACCUUAUGAAUAAAUUAGCUGGGAAGCAGAAAGGUUUUUCAUUGGGUUCAACUGUGCAAUCACACACCAAAGGGAUCUGGAUGUGGUGUGUACCACACCCUCUGAACCAUAACCAAAAUCUUGUUUUACUAGAUACAGAGGGUCUUGGAGAUGUGGAGAAGGGUAAUGACAAGAAUGACUGCUGGAUUUUUGCACUGGCUGUCCUGCUAAGCAGCACCUUCGUGUAUAACAGCAUGGCUACCAUUGAUCAGAGUGCCGUAGACAAACUGCACUAUGUCACCGAAUUAACUGAAUGCAUAAAAGUGAAAUCCCAUAGUAAUGAGGAUGACUCCAUGAAUUUUGCCCGAUUCUUUCCUGCAUUUGUCUGGGCAGUACGUGACUUUACUCUGGAGCUGGUGGUCGAUGAAAAGCCCAUCACCGAAGAUGAAUAUUUAGAUACUGCACUCAAACUAAAGACAGGUAAUAGUAAAGAAGUACGGGCUUACAACAUGCCAAGAGAGUGUAUCAGGAACUAUUUCCCUAGUCGGAAGUGUUUUGUUUUUGAACGCCCUGCUUCUACAGCAGAGAAACUACGGAAGUUAGAGGAGCUUACAGAAGAUGAAUUAGAAGCAACAUUUGUGAGGCAUGCUGAAAAAUUUUGUCAACAUAUUUUUAAUACUGCCCAAACCAAAACAUUAAAGGGUGGCCACAUUGUGACAGGAACAUUGUUGGGUAACUUGGCUGUAACCUAUGUGGAUGCAAUACGUAGUGGUGCCAUCCCAUGCAUGGAGAAUGCAGUUGUUGCUCUUGCACAGAUUGAAAACUCUGCAGCAGUGAGGCAAGGCCAUGAGCACUACAUCAGAGCAAUGGAGAAAAGGGCAGAAUUCCCAACAGAGACUCUAAAGGAAAUUUCUGAGCUGCAUGCCAUCUGUGAAAAGGAGGCUAUUCAAGUUUUUAUGACUCGUUCUUUUAAGGAUGAUGACCAGACACACCAAAAGGAACUUAAGCGGAUUAUAAACUUGAGCUAUGAGCAGUUCUGUAGGAAAAAUGAGCAAGCGUCCAUCGACAAAUGUACUGCAGUGAUCCUAGAUGCUUUUCAGAACAUGGAAGACCAAAUUACUGCGGGUUAUUAUUCCAAGCCUGGCGGAUACUGCUGCUUCAUGGAGGAUCAGAAAAAAAUGAUUGAAACAUAUAAUGCCUACCCUGGAAAAGGAAUCAAGGCGGAGGAAGUUCUUAAGGACUUCUUGAAAGACAGAGAAGAAAUUGCAUAUUCGAUUCUGAAGACUGACCAAACUCUUACAGACAAACAAAAGGAAGUUGAAGCUGAACGAAUGAAAUCAGAUGCUGCAGAGCGGGAAAACAUAGCCAUGAAAGAGAACCAGAAAGCUCUACAACAGAUGAUACAGGACCAAGACAGGGGACAUAAGGAGCAUGUACAGCAGUUGACAGAGAAAAUGGAGCAGGACCGACAAAACCUAAUGAAAGAGCAAGAGAGAGUCCUGAACCAAAAACUUCAGGAACAGAGAGCCAUGCUUGAAAAUGGUUUCCGAGACCAAGCUAACAGACUGGAACGAGAGAUUCAAGCUCUUCGACAGGAAACAAGGCAGACUAGGUCAAGAGGUUUUUGCUCUGUUAUGUAGGAUACAUUUUAGGACUUACUAUCAGAUCAUUUUAAUGCCUAUUUUGAGAAGAACAGAGUUUUAUUCUUCCCAGCUUACAAGUGCUGCCUGCAACCAAACAUCUUUAAUACUGCAGUAAACACAUUCUCCAGACUGAUAUUUUAACGUCACUCUGAAGUGCAAAAUAUAACAAACAUGCUUUUAUUGCUUACAUUUGUUUCUUUAAACUAUUUUACUAUUAAAGACAUACUUACCUGAUAUCUAACUGACCACAUGCCUUAGAUAAUAGUAGCCAAUUUUCUGAUGAACUCGGGGGGGGGGGGGGGGUAAGUGGUGAAAGGGAAGGAGGUUAAAAUAAAUACAAGCUUCAUAUGCUGGGAUUCAUUUCCCAAAUAGAGGAUAGUAUGUAAAGAUUAUGCUGUAAAAGCAGUGAUGCCACAGCUCACUUGAGAGGUGUACAUGAAACUGAACAGCAUGUUGAGCAAGGGUUUCAGAAGGUUCUUCAGAUCACAGAGUUAAUGCGCAUCACUGGUAAUUAUACCAGAUAAACCUUAUUUAUUUUUGACACUGGAGGUAAAGAAAACAUUAUUAACAGAGAACUUGCAGUUAGCAGUGAGAGGAUGUAGUCUGACUAGAGUGGUGUUAGAAAAGCAGAGCAGAUAGUGCUGCUUGCAUCCUAUGUGAGGAGGUAAUCUUUGUGAUAAUGAUUCAUUUAUUGGAUUUUUAGUGUCAGCUGCACAUCCUGAAACCAUACCUCUCAACUUCUUUACUCAAGAAUUUUGGACAAAAGAGGGUAAAACCCUGACUACAGCCCAGGUGAACUGGGGAUGAUUAGUGGCUUGGGCAUCUGAUGGCGUGACAUGGGAGGAUUGGUGUGCCUAUUGUAGGGUAAAGUGAUUUUACUAGGCCUGAUGCUUUGAGUUCUAGUGGAGGCUGGGAUUUGUAGUCAUGGGGGGGUGCAGACUGUGAGACAGAGGUAGGCGGAGCUAUACUGCAGUCACGUCUUCAUGAUGCCUCUCAUUGUUUCCCAGCCUAUUGAAACAGACUUCUGCAGAAUGGAUGGAGAAUAGGCCAUAAACAAUCCCAUACAGGCUGCAUUAUGGCAGUCUUCUUUGGCCCUUCUAAUCAAAAGAAUGUCUGCAGGUGAACCCUGUGCCCUAGCUAGUAGUUGGUGAGUUGCUCUGUGUACAGGUGUGGUGUCCCACUGAGGAUCAUGCAGGGUCACCUGAAAGGUGGCGGCGAACAUCAGAAGUGGAUAACAGAGUGCAAGUAUCAGGGACUUGAAAUCAGCAGAGGAAGGAUAAAAAAAAAAAAUUCUGUCCAAAGCCAAAAAUAAUAGUGGAGGCC